CCUGUGUCCACGUUUAAAUCUUUUGGUUGGCUUCUACACUACGUGGACAUAUUGUCAUCUGCCGUAAGAUCAUUUGUCGACGAGAGAUCUGUUGUAAUUCACAUUUGCUGCAGAGAAGCGCUCAACAGCUGACUCGCUCGUGCAGCAUAUUCUAUUUUCACGUUCGUUUCAAACUUAUCUUAAGAAUUCUUCAAUAUAUUUUCGUGAGCCGGCCGAAAAUGAGCUCCUCGUGUUUUACUUCUUUAGCAUUUAUUGCCUGUUUGUUCGUCUAUGCCUUUGCACAUGAAAGACCUGAACAAGAACGAGAUCAUUUGUCAGUUGGAAUAAUGCGAAAACCAGACGACUGUCCAAGAGAAUCGAAAGAUGGGGACCAUUUGACGGUCAGAUACAACAACACAUUGAUUGACCAAACUCCAAUUUUAACCACAAGGUGAGCUAGAACUUCCUGUUUUCGCAAGUACAAUCUUUCUGUAGGAUAAAUUUAUUUUUUCUUGUAGACUUCUUCAGCCAAAUGAUUUCCAUAAUUUACUUGUUCACUCACUGGUUGCAUCUCCAAGAGGAGAUAUAAUCCGAAAAAAAAAACAAAUAGCAAUUUCUUUUUGUUCUGCUAAUGUAGUUUAAAGAUCCUUGCAUAGCUUUUAGGGAAAAGUCCAAGUGAUGAAGACUCAAUUAUUCAGGUUAUCCACUAAAAUAUUUUUAUUUUAUCUGUCAACGUUUUUUGUGACUCAGUUUAGUUUAUAAUUUCAUCGAGUUUGUCAACUUUUUCGAUUAUACCAGAAUUAAACAAAUUCCCCGGAUGUUAAGAGAUAUGAGCUUUCUUUUAAAAGUUCGGGUUCGUUGUCCUCUCUCCCGUUUUAAGAUCAACUGGAUGCGUUUUAAAUUGAAAAAGUGUUAAAUAGGCAAAAACGCUUUCCUCCGCAAAAUCAAAAUUUAAAUAUCUACAUCCGUUGCAUAAAAUUAACCCAGAAUAAGAAAUGUAAUUGAGUGAGUGGAUCAUGAACGCAUUGAUACGGAAAACUAGCGGUACCGGGACUAAAUAAAAAACUUAUCAAUAAACAGAUUCGAUUAUAGUCUGAACUAAUUUCUUCCUAAACUGUUCCAAGGGAAGGCCCGGUUGCGAAUUUACGAACGUUGCUAGAAACUUCUGUCUCACGCGCGACCGCCUUACGGGUGAGCAACUCGGGGACUGGUUUUAAACCGGAAAUAACAAAAGAACUCAAGAUUAUUUUGCGGGUCAAGUUGAAUAGCUUAGGGUGGACAAUAUUAUUUCUAGAUUCUUUGCCAAAUGUUUCUCACCGUUUAUACUUGUAUACAGUUUGAUUCAUGCAUGACUGAAUCACACUCAAAAAGGUGGAAUUCUGCAUGUUUGCUUACCAAUUUAAUUAAUAAUUCCCGAUUGGCUUAGAGCCUUGCAGGACGGCGCAUUUUGUCAACAUUGAUAGAUUCGUAGCCCGUAAGCAGGCUCUGUUUGGCGUCUGUGGCACAAGCAGGCUGUGAGGCGAAGCCUGCGAAUUUGAGCUGAUAAGCGAAGUGAGCGAGCGAAAGAUCUUCGAGGGGUCUGGUACACAUUUUCCUGCCAGAACCCUCGCGGACCGCUCGGAGGAGAGUCGCCAUUUGCGUACAGAGAACCUUUUCGAAAGCCUGUUCGAUUUCGUUCUUACUUGAACUGUCAAAGAAACUUCGCCAUGAAAAAGGCAACAAUUUGAGGGGCAGCUGAAAGUCUAUUAAUUACAUAAUAAACACGGGAUAAUUGCCUCAUCCGUUUUAUUCACAGUUACGUCGAUCCGUUACAAGCCAUGGUCAAAGAUUUCUGUUAACCGAGCGUGUUCCAAACGUUUAAGCAUAGAAUUAAACUUCUGUUACGUCAAUCAAAUACUUUAAGAUUCUCACUAAAACAGUUUUAUAAAAUUUCUUACUCCUCGCUCGUCUACAGGAAAAAGCAGGGCUAGUUUCCCAGUUUUUUUUUUUUUUUCCACGGUCAUUUUCGUCAGAUAGACUAGAGUUUAGGAUCUGGGGACGAGAUUUGAGGGUACAUUCCGUACGAAAACUUAAAAGCGCUCAUUUAAACUUCUGUUUUCUAUUUUCUCUUUUGUAGCGAAUUUGAGUUUACUCUCGGAGAAGGACAAGUUAUUCCCGGCUGGGACAUGGGAUUGAAGGAUAUGUGCGUGGGAGAACUCCGUGAGCUUGUUGUCCCGUCACAAUAUGGAUAUGGGGAAUACCCCGUCGGGGAUAAAAUCCCCCCGAGAGCACUCCUAGUAUUUUAUGUAGAGCUCUUGAAAAUCGCUGACCCCUCGGAGGAUAGCGGCAAGCCCAACAUGUUCAAAGAGAUUGAUGUCAAUGGAGAUGGACUGAUCUCACAUUCAGAGGUAAGAAAUUAAACAUUCAAUGUCUGUCUACAGAGCUUCCAAGCCCUCGUCCCUUGGUUCCAUCUGCUUUCUUAGCUAGUGAGGCCUUGACAUGAGUUGAUGUGUCGAACCAGAUCUCAACGGCUUAGAGCGCCAAUGAGUUCCGGAGACGACAUCGUGAAUUCUUUGAGGCUUAUUAGGGUGUGUGAUACUCAGGAUUUUCUAGUUGCAUGUCUUACUGUAUCUGAAGACUUUUUUUUCCGAUACUAUUCCAAAAAUUAGUUAGUUUCCAUCCAUGGUAGCCUACCUUCGUUAAGUUUCCAAUAUCCUCUUUGUUUCCAUUCCGUUCAGGCUGUUAGCUAAAGCCACGAAUCAAAUGGAUUUUUUUCUGGCGCUCCUUCAACUGCAAAGACUUUAAAAAAAUUGCCAAAACUGUGUAUUUUGUAUAUACCACGUAGCUGAGGAGGUCCUCGAUCCCAUGUACUUGCUAAAAGGACCUUGACUUUUAUUCAGCAUAGGACGCCUUUGACACUUUUAAUCUUAGCAGCAUAAAGGACGUCGACGCUCGUUUCAUGUAGACCCUCUUGGGUACCAGUCAUUAUUCAUCACCUGGGGUUGAAGUGGCGGGGGGGAGGGAGGGAGGGAGGGAGAGAUUUUGAUUAUGUCACAGUAAAAAUUACCCCCCCCCCAUUGGUAGUUAUAAUUUUCAUGAUCUCCCCCUCCCAUGGUGGCUAUGAGCAAAUACCAAUUUUGACCCCUAUGCAUUGCGGGUAAAAAUCUCAAAACUUCCCAAAACACAUAUAUUUUUAAGUCUUCCUUUAAGAAAUUCUCGCUAUUUCUGUUUUCAGGUUGCUGGAUAUCUGAAGCGAGAGGGAAUGUCACAUGGCGAGGGAGAUGAAAGCCAUAACAUGCUGUUGCAAGAGAUCUUUCACGAGGAGGACAAAAAUAAGGAUGGUUUUAUUUCACACGAAGAAUUCCAGGGAAUUAAACAUCAUGAACUUUAGAUACUUUUUUUUCAAAACAUGUUUCAGUCGUAAACAUCCCUAAAUAUAACAUCUUACAUAGAAUAAGGUUGUUGUGUGGCUCAUACAAGUUUUUUCUUUGUUCGAGCACUGACUUGAUGUUAUUACAAUUAAGUGAAUUUUAAUAAAGAUCUACAGUUUCUCGUAUACCC